CAAAUAAUCAGGUUAUAAAUAUAUUUCCACUUGUUCAUCAUCUUCUUCAAGCAACCAACAAAGAUCUCCUUCAAACAUUAUACAUUCACAUUAAACAAUCUUACAAAACCGAUUUCAUUACAAUGGAAGCCACACUGAUCUCUUCACCAGCUUCGACGUCCCCACUCCGGUUCCAUCCAUUGGUGUUUUCCCCGAUUAAAACGACGACGUGGAGGACACAGAAGAAGAUGAAGAUGAGCGUUUUUGCUGCUGCGUCUUCAGGGAAGGACCAUUACUACGGAGGAGGAAGACUGGUGGACGAGAACAUGAUAAUUCUAAGGAAACGCAUCCACGAGAUGAAGAUGGUGGAGCGAAACUACGAGCCGCCUUCUCACUGGUUGGAUUGGGAGAAGCGUUUCUACAGUAGCUACGACACUAUGAUCUGCGAUUCCAUUGGUCUUCUCCAGAGCUUCCUCAUGAACUCUCGCCCCACCGUCGCAAUCACAACGCUGCUUCUCCUCCUCCUCAGCGUUCCUGUUUCCUCCUCUGUUAUGGCGUUUCGCCUUCUAGACCUCCUCCAUUGGGUUCUCGCCGCCGCAACGUCGGGCCAUGUGGGCUGAUCUGCCUGGCCCGUUUCAUUCUUUCCUUUUACUUGCCCACAAUUUUUUUUUUUUUUUGUUUAACCAGGCGGGGUUCAGGCCUUCGGUCCUAAUCCCCUCCUAGGCCCGGAGCCAGCCUGUGUCUGUACCAUUACGGCCCUAAACACUCUUCCCCGCCCGAGACUCGAACUCGUGACCUCUCAUACCGGAGUCUGAGGUGUUACCAGUUGAGUUAGCUCGUCCGGAUAUUGUAUAUACACAUAUCCCCUAUAUAUUAUUUGUGAAACAUUACAACUUCUUUUUGUAGCCACGUGUCAUCACUAGGAUGAUUCUUAAAAUUAUUAGAGAAAUAUGUUUGUCCA